UUAAUCACUGACUCUCCCAGAAUGCACCGCGACAUCUGCGGCUGUAUUAUUAUUAUUGUUGACAAGAAAAGGCAGCAGGGGAACUCAACACAGGGUGGGUUCUCACAACGCUCUGGACUCGGAUACACGAACUAGUGUACUGACAACAAGUGUCUCAUCAUGGCCUUAAGAAGCUAAGAGCUGGGGCUGCCGUUUCCACCGAGAGGGAUUUUUCACAGCGAUAUAGUCGGCAGUGAAGGUGGACGGCCCUGGCUCACCGUGCGCAAAGGAGAGCUCAGCUGGAGCCAAUGCAGCAGCAGCAUCAUCGACAGCCAGAGCUGGUGGAAGGCAGCCUUCCCGUGUUCGUGUUCCCCACUGAGCUCAUCUUCUACGCAGAUGAACAGACGUCUCACAAGCAGGUGCUCACCCUCUACAACCCCUAUGAGUUCGCCCUCAAGUUUAAAGUGCUCUGCACAGCGCCAAACAAGUACUCUGUGGUGGAUGCCACCGGGGCGGUUAAACCACAAUGCUGCGUUGACAUAGUGAUCAGACACAGGGACGUCCGAGCCUGCCAUUAUGGGGUCUACGACAAGUUCAGGCUCCAGGUAUCAGAGCAGAGUCAACGGAAAGCCCUGGGUCGCAAAGAAGUGACGGCGACGCUCCGCCCCUCUGCGUCACAGGAGCCGCCCAGCCCCCGCCCCCAGGAUGAGGAACGAAGAAUCAAAGAGCAGUUCGCAGAAAGCGAAUUUUUUGAGCAGACUUCAUAUCAGACAGAGAGCCGUCCAGCUGCUGGAGGCCCCAGUCUGCUGACGGUGCUGCUUGGACUGGUGUGUAUGGCCGCCCUGAUGCUUCCCACUCUGGGAGAACAAGAAUCUACUGUGCCUGUCUACCUCCACUUAAGUGUUAACAAGAAACUGGUGGCUGCUUACGUCCUGGGUCUUCUUACAAUGGUCAUACUUCGCACUUGAAGCGACGAGAGCCAAGAGGAGAGGGAAAUUAACUAAAAGACUAGAAUGUUCUCACACCUGUGGCGCCGCGCGGUGUGUCCAGCUGACAGCGGGUCCGUCUCGGAUCCGUUCGUCUGCCGAAGGAUUCAUUCAAGUACAUUUGUUUUCAGAUCCACACGUGUGUUAACAGUUUCACUGAGAACGGAUAGAGAAGACGGCUCUGGUGUGUCUGUGUGUGUGUAAGAGAAGUGAGAGGUUGAUUACAGAGAAACCGCCCGACGAACGAGGCCUGUGAAGAAACACGAGGCUGCUCAGUCUCCGUUGGCCUGGUGUGUAUUAUGUGUAUUUAUGUUGCCAUGACGUAACUGGAGUGUGAAGAAUCUAAAUGCAAACAUGACACGUGUAUAUAAAGACAUUUUUUAAUUAUAGUACUCAUCUGUAACCAUGGUUAUGUUUUAAAGCAUUUUAGUCUGUAGUGAGUCUGACGACUUCAUGCAUGUGUGGAUACCAAUUUGAAUGAGUUUUUUUUUUUUUUUACAGCAGUAUGUACUUUUUACAUUUCACCCAAGGGGGAUAAACGUGUGUUUGCUGUAUUAUCAACACCCUAUGGAAAGAAUAAUAAAGUCUCAAUUAUGUUCACAGAUGAAA